GUAAAGAAAUUAGUGAAUGAAGCAGAGGAAUUAGGUAGUAUCAGGGAAGAGUUGGUAGAAGACACUAGUAGGCAAGAAGCAGAAGCAGAAGUAGGAUUUAAGAUUAGCAAGACAGCAGUAGACAGACGGAGGAGUAAACCAACAGGGGAAGGAAGUUGUGUGGAGUCCACAGGUAGAAAGCGUAGAAAGGAGACAAUAGUAGCAGUUUGUGGGAUACAUGGAGGAAAUGAAGAAAAUCUAAAGCCAGGGACAAUUGGAAUGUUGGAAACAUUA